UCUCUCCUCUUCCUCGCAUUUCCCGCACCACGAAGGAAUCAAACGGAAAAAAAAAAGAAAAAAAAAACUCCAAUUAGAUCGGCCCCCACGUAUCGUCUUCCCGUUCCAUUCCUUCUCGAAGCUUCCAUGAACGUGGAGCGCCUCGUCCCCGGCGGCGCCGGCGGCGGCGGCGGCCGCUUCCGGUACGAGCGGAUGCCGGCUAGGGGCCCGGCGGAUGACGGGGAGGGGGAGGAGGAGGAGGAGGAGGCGGCGGUGCCGGAGCGGCGGCCGGAGGUCCUGGCGGCGUCGGCGUCGUUCCGCCUCUCGGAGGCGGCGCGGGUGUUCGAGGAGCUCCCCAGGGCGUCGAUCGUCGCCGUGUCGCGCCCCGACGCCGGGGACAUCACCCCGAUGCUGCUGUCGUACACCAUCGAGGUGCACUACAAGCAGUUUAGGUGGCGUCUAUAUAAGAAAGCUUCACAAGUUCUCUAUCUACAUUUUGCAUUGAAGAGGCGUGAAUUUCUUGAAGAAUUCCAUGAGAAGCAAGAACAGGUCAAAGAGUGGCUCCAAAAUCUGGGAAUUGGGGAGCACAUGCCAGUAGGACAUGAUGAGGAUGAAGCAGACGAUGUGAAUGUUCCUGCACAGGCUGAAGAAAACUCCAUUAGACAUAGAAAUGUUCCUUCAAGUGCUGUUUUGCCUGUCAUUCGACCAGCUCUGGGGCGUCAACACUCAGUUUCUGAUCGAGCAAAAGUUGCCAUGCAAGAAUAUCUGAACCAUUUUUUGGGGAACUUGGACAUUGUCAACUCACCGGAGGUUUGCAAAUUUUUGGAGGUAUCAUGUUUGUCAUUUUUACCGGAAUAUGGGCCUAAGCUAAAGGAAGAUUAUGUAUCUGUUGGACACUUGCCAAAAAUUCAGAAGGACCAUAAAGAAAACUGUUGUUCAUGUGGGUUGUUUAGCUGUUGCAAAAGCAGCUGGCAAAAGGUUUGGGUUGUCCUGAAGCCAGGAUUCUUAGCUUUACUCAAAGAUCCUUUUGAUCCAAAGCUUUUAGAUGUCCUUAUCUUUGAUGCACUGCCACAUAUGGAUAUAAGUGGAGAGGGCCAAAUAUCUCUAGCAAAAGAGAUCAAGGAACGAAACCCGUUGCAUUUCGGACUCCAGGUGUCUUCUGGUGGCCAGACUUUAAAGUUACGAACAAGAAGUUCUUCUAAAGUGAAAGACUGGGUUAGUGCAAUAAAUGCUGCUCGACAAACUCCAGAGGGCUGGUGUUACCCUCAUCGUUUUGGUUCAUUUGCUCCACCAAGGGGUCUCAUGCCAGAUGGGAGUAUGGUACAGUGGUUUAUAGACGGAGAAGCUGCAUUUCAGGCAAUUGCUUCCUCCAUUGAGCAAGCAAAAUCAGAGAUAUUUAUUACUGGCUGGUGGCUCUGCCCAGAAUUGUUUCUCCGACGCCCUUUCCAACAUCAUGGGUCAUCUAGGCUUGAUGCUCUACUGGAAGCUAGAGCUAAGCAGGGUGUACAGAUCUACAUUCUUUUGUACAAGGAAGUUGCUCUUGCAUUGAAAAUCAACAGCUUGUACAGUAAACAAAAGCUACUUAACAUUCAUGAGAAUGUAAAAGUUCUGCGAUAUCCUGAUCAUUUCUCAAGCGGUGUAUACUUAUGGUCACACCAUGAGAAAAUUGUGAUAGUAGAUAAUCAAGUAUGCUAUCUUGGAGGUCUUGAUCUGUGCUUUGGUCGCUACGAUAAUUCUGCGCACAAACUUUCAGAUGUUCCUCCUGUGAUAUGGCCAGGGAAAGACUACUAUAACCCCAGGGAAUCUGAGCCAAAUUCCUGGGAGGACACAAUGAAAGAUGAGCUGGACCGAACGAAAUAUCCUCGCAUGCCUUGGCAUGAUGUUCAGUGUGCUCUCUACGGUCCACCUUGUCGGGAUGUUGCAAGGCAUUUUGUUCAGCGCUGGAAUUAUGCAAAGAGGAACAAAGCUCCCAAUGAGCAAGGAAUUCCCUUGCUGAUGCCUCAUCACCACAUGGUAAUUCCACAUUACAAGGGCAUAGGCCAAGAAAUUAAUAGUGAGGCUGAUGGUAAACAAAAUCAUGACAAGGAUUGUGAUGUUAAAAAACCAGUCUCUGUGGACUCACGGGAGUCUUGUCAGGACAUUCCAUUGCUUUUACCUCAAGAGCUUGAACCACCGGCAUUGCCCAAUGGAGAUUUAAGAGUGAACGAUUUAGACGCCAACCACUCUGAUCACCUACACAAAACAAGCUUCAAUCAGCCUUUGCUCAACCGGAAGGCAAAGUUGGAUUCUUCCCGACAGGAUUUGCCCAUGAGAGGUUUCGUAGACAAUAUAAGUUCCCUUGAGUCAUCAUCUAUUAGGCAUUUUGAUUCUUCCAAAGAAGAAAAGUAUCACAUGGAUAAGAACUGGUGGGAGAUGCAAGAAAGAGGAGAUCAAGUUGCUUCAGUACUUGAUAUAGGGCAAGUUGGUCCAAGGGCAACUUGUCAUUGUCAGGUAAUUAGAAGUGUUGGUCAAUGGUCAGCUGGAACCACUCAAAUCGAAGGAAGCAUCCACAAUGCCUAUUUUUCUCUUAUUGAAAAGGCAGAACAUUUUGUAUAUAUCGAGAAUCAAUUUUUCAUAUCAGGCCUUUCAGGAGAUGAAACGAUAAAAAAUCGUGUAUUGGAAGCAUUAUACAGGCGCAUACUUCGGGCAGAGAGAGAAAAAAAGCGCUUCAAAGCCAUCAUAAUAAUACCUCUGUUACCUGGUUUUCAGGGAGGCAUUGAUGAUGGCGGAGCUGCAUCUGUGAGAGCAAUUAUGCAUUGGCAAUACCGGACUAUCUGUAGAGGCCCUAAUUCUAUACUUCAGAAUCUAUAUGAUGUUAUUGGUCCAAAAGCACAUGAUUAUAUCUCAUUUUAUGGUCUUAGAGCACAUGGUAGACUAUGCGAAGGAGGUCCCUUGGUCACUAAUCAGAUUUAUGUCCACAGUAAGUUGAUGAUAAUUGAUGACCGCAUCACAUUGAUUGGAUCAGCUAACAUAAAUGAUAGAAGCUUGCUUGGAUCAAGAGAUUCUGAGAUUGCCGUGGUCAUUGAAGAUAAAGAAGUUGUUAGUUCCAAAAUGAAUGGAAAACCUUGGGAAGCUGGGAAGUUUUCUCUAAGCCUACGUCUCUCUCUCUGGGCAGAGCACCUUGGCCUUCAUCGAGGAGAGGUCAGCCAUAUUAUGGACCCUAUCGAUGACUCAACUUUCAAAAAUAUCUGGAUGGCCACUGCUAAGACAAAUACCAUGAUUUACCAAGAUGUCUUCUCAUGUGUACCUAAUGAUCUUAUCCAUUCAAGGUAUGAAUUGACCAUUCGAUUUCAGUUGCUCUUUUUACAAAUUGCUCUAGACUCUAAACAUAAUGAGCGCAGGGCCCAAUUUCGGCAGAGCUUUGCUCACUGCAGGGAUAAAAUCGGUCACAAUACAAUCGAUUUGGGGGUUGCCCAAGAGAAGCUGGAAACCUACCAGGACGGCGAUCUCAAGGGUACGGACCCUAUAGAAAGAUUGCAGAUGAUCAAAGGUCACCUUGUUUCUUUCCCGUUGGAUUUCAUGUCCCAAGAGGACUUGAGACCAUAUUUCAGUGAAAGUGAAUAUUAUACGUCUCCACAAGUUUUCCAUUAGCUUCUUUUUCAUGGAAAAAUUACUCCCCUACUGCCAUAGUUGUACAUAGUGCAGAGGUCAACCUUUAGGUGUUUCACAUAUUUUGUCAAAUAGGGAAAAGAAAGAAAUUAUCAACCCACAGACCGGUGGAAAGGUUACAAGUACAGUUUAGUCACCGGUACGUUCCUUCUCUUUUUGGGCAAGAGAACACUCUGCUCAGUUCAUUCUGUUCGACACAAAGAAUAUAGGAGUGUAGAUAGUUUAUACGGCACCUUUUUUCCCCUUUUUUAGGCAAGAAUUACUCCUGUUGAGUUAACUCUUUGUUGACAUAAAGAAAAGCUUUCCCCCCCUUCCAAGCUGUGUCUCAGACUUCCAGUACGUGCACAUUUUAGUCUACAACUAAACAAUGGCAUUCGAUCCAUACAUUUUGGUUGAAACCAAUGACAAUCCAUGUAAUCAUGUACUGGUAUCGCCUCUGGAAAUGUUCAGUGUUUUCCUGCAUUUGUAAUGUUUCACGCCCUUAGCUUCUGAAGAGCAGAGGACCAGGGCCAGUUAAGACUAA